AUGUCUGGUGGAACACCAGUUGGGGGUGGAUACAUGAGGCAGAGGCAUAGCCAGGGCUAUGCUUCGAGUGGCGAUGACCUUGAGGAUGACGCAUGUUCAAGACCACCUCCUCAAUCGCCAGCCUUUCCAAGGACCAGGACCUGGCUUCGGGUUGUGGAAAAUUUUCUUUGGAUUGCUUCUGCAGUUUUUAUCAUGUACUAUGGUGACCGGCACUCCAAUUUUAUUUACCUCUUAUGGCAUGAUGAUCGCAUUAGAAGAAUACCAUUAUACCUUGCGGUUUUGGGUAUCAGUUUGAACAUCAUCUUCUUCUUGUAUACAAGUAUUUUAGCAUGGGCUGUCCGGAAGACCAGUGAGAAGUGGGAAUUUUCAAAUACAGCUGCCCUGCCAUUUAUAACCGUACUCGGUCUCAUCUCCUUUUCCUUAUUCUCUUUUGCUUUGUGGCCAAUUUGGGGUUUCUUGAGCCUGCCUCUUGUGUUCACCCUGUUCAUGGCUUGCAUGGUUAUACUGCCAUAUUUGGUGCUGGGUACAUUGAAGCAACAAACUGAUCUGUUGCGUACAGACUGA